AUGGGUAUGAACCUCAUCAUCAAUGCGGCGAAGAGAGAGACACGUGGUCCAAAAGCAGCAACAGGAAUCUACCUACCUCCAGUUAAGGGAUUCAUGGAUUACCUCACUCUGACAGCAAAGACCCACAUUCAAGCAAGGUGGAUGCUUUCGGCCCUAGAAGAGGCAGCAACUUGGUCCAGAAUGAGGUUCAAACCCAGAAAGUUCAGAGCACUUGUUAUCAGGAAAGGCCAACCAACCAAGAAAUUCAAUCUGACAGUGCAAGGUGAGGACAUACCAUCGAUAAUGGACAGCCCCAUUAAAUGCCUUGGGAAGUGGUAUGAUGCUACACUCCAAGAUGGGAACAACAUCAAGCGCAUCAAGAACCAGCUCACUGAAGGGCUGAAGCAGAUUGACAAAAGCGGACUACCUGGCAAAUUCAAGGCCUGGUUAUUCCAGAAUGGAUUUCUCCCACGACUGAUGUGGCCACUGAUGCUUUAUGAGGUGGCAACAACAGUGGUGGAAGGACUGGAGAGAACCAUUAGUAGGCAUUUGCGAAAGUGGCUUGGCGUACCACCAAGCUUCAGCAACAUUGGACUCUAUGGACGAACAAAUCAACUACAGCUCCCAUUGAGUUCGUUGGUGGAGGAGUACAAGGUGGCAAAGGCCAGACUUGUCAUGACGCUGAAGGAUUCAAGGGAUGACAUGGUCCGAAGAGCAGGUGUUGAAACCAGGACGGGAAGAAAGUGGUCCGCUAGCCAGGCUGUAGCCCCAGCACAGAGCCGCCUGCGACACAAAGACAUUGUGGGAACAACGGCAGUGGGAACACAAGGUCUUGGCUUUGCGGAGACGAGGAGUUGGAAGAAGGCGGACAGUAGGACAAGGAGGGAGAUGGUCCAGGCAGAGGUACGUCUGGCCGAGGAAGAAGAUCGAGGCAUAAGGGCAGUGGCAAUGGGGUGCCAGGGUGCUUGGACAAAGUGGCAGACUACAGGAAAGAAGAUGACAUGGGCGGAUAUCUGGCGUAGCGAACCUCUGUGCAUCAGUUUCCUGCUCAGGUCAGUCUACGACCUGCUACCUUCACCAGCAAACCUGCACAGAUGGGGAAACGUGAAGACCCAACCUGCCAACUUUGCGGAAAGAUAG